AUGUUUUUAAAGAAAUUAUUUCGAAGAAAGUCUCCCGAUGAAAAUACAUCACUAAUGGAUACCGGAAGUUCUACAAUUAAUAAUGUGGCUUCUGGAAGCGUCUCAAGUCUAUUUAACGACUCUUCUAGAGGAGCAUUUAAUAUUUAUGACGUUCAACAGCAACAUGAUCCCGAAAAAACGAGACUUGUAUUUGUGAACGAUGAAAUGGCAAACGUCAAGUACGGAUUUUGUGACAAUUCCAUCAAGACCACCAAAUAUACAUUUUAUAAUUUUUUAUUCAAGAAUUUAUAUCAACAGUUUCAUAGAUUCGCUAAUUGCUACUUUUUAUUUAUGGCUUUACUACAAACUAUUCCUGGAUUGUCACCAACUGGACAAUUCACUGCUUUUAUUCCUCUCUGUUUUGUACUGAUUUGUACCAUGUGUAAGGACGCUUAUGAAGACAUUAAAAGAAGAGUCUCUGACAGGGAAACGAACAACAAACCCACAAGAGUAUUGAGAGAUGGGCAAUUUGUUGAAAUAUUUUGGAAGGACGUGAAAACAGGAGAUAUUGUGAAAGUUUGUAACAAGGAAGCAUUCCCUUGUGACAUUGUUUUACUAUCCUCGAGUGAACAUCAAGGUAUAUGUUAUGUGGAAACAUCGAGUUUGGAUGGUGAGACAAAUUUGAAAAUUAAGAGAUGCAAGCAUGAAACAACUUAUUUAUCUACGCCUGAUAAUCUCAAAAGUUUAAAAUCAAUUUUAGAAUGUGAAAAGCCAAACAAUAGAUUGUAUAAAUUUGAAGGAACUUUGGUAUUGAGUACUGGAAAAAAGUUGGCAAUAGAUCCAGAACAAAUUUGCCUUCGGGGUUCUUCUCUUAGAAAUACAGACUUUGUGAUUGGCGUUGCUGUUUUUACAGGACAUGAUACCAAACUCAUGAUGAAUACUAAGGAGACUCCACACAAAACAAGCAAGAUCGAAAGAAUGACCAAUCGACUUGUUUUUAUCAUGCUCGCUAUUGAACUUUUACUUGUCAUUGCAUGUGACAUUGGUCUCAUAAUUUGGACUGCACAAAACAAAAAAGCUUGGUAUUUAUUUACUGGAGUAGUGAUCGAUGCAGAUUAUUUGGCAUGGUCAGGAUUCAAAGGAUUUUUCACCAUUCUAGUGUUAUUGAGCAACUUGAUUCCAAUUUCUUUGUAUGUCUCUAUUGAAGCUGCCAAGUUAGUUCAAGGUAUCAUGAUUAGCAAGGAUUUGGCCAUGUAUCACGAAGAUACAGAUACUCCAGCCAUGGUACGAUCCUCUGCACUGAACGAAGAUUUGGGAGCUAUUCAAUAUAUUUUCAGUGAUAAGACUGGAACCCUUACACAAAACAAGAUGGACUUUUUGAAAUGCUCAAUCGCAGGAGAAAUCUAUGGUUCUGGUAUCACAGAAAUUGCUAAAGCUGCUGCAAAAAGAGAAGGUAAAAUACUCGAAGAUAAUAGACCUCUCAGUGCAAAGAAUAAUCCAAACUUUCAAUUUUACGACGAACGAUUAAUGGAUGGAGCAUGGAAAAAUAGUCCCAAGAAGGACGAAAUUUUAGAUUUCUUAAUCUUGUUGGCUGUAUGUCAUACUGUCAUUCCUGAAAGGUCUGGAAAGAAUGGAGAAAUUGUUUACCAAGCCAGCAGUCCUGACGAAGCAGCACUUGUUAAGGCAGCUAAAUAUUUGGGCGUUGAAUUCAUCGCUAGAUCACCAAAUGAUGUGACAUUUACAAUUCUGGGAGAGGAACAAUUAUACCAAAUAUUGGACAUUAUCGAAUUUUCCAGUGACAGAAAGAGACAAUCUGUCAUUGUACGAAAUACGGAAGGUCAAUUAUUAAUUUUAACAAAGGGGGCAGACUCUGUCAUUUAUCCCUUAUUGGCUCCAAACCAAGAGUACAUGGAUGUGACAUUGAAACACUUGGAUCAAUUUGGAGAAGAAGGUCUUAGAACUCUUUGUUGCGCAAAAGCAUAUCUUGAUGAAGAAGAAUAUGCUCAAUGGCACAGAGAUUAUGAGGAAGCAAAAACUUCACUCGAAGACAGAACCCGAAAAGUUGAAGAGGUAGCAGCGAGAAUUGAGAAAAAUUUACUUCUCGUCGGCAGCACAGGAAUUGAAGAUAAACUUCAAGAAGGUGUCGGUGACACUAUUUACGAGUUGAGAAAAGCAGGUAUUAGCAUUUGGGUACUGACUGGAGACAAGCUCGAAACAGCCAUUAACAUUGGAUUUGCAUGUGACUUGUUGAACUCAGGUAUGACUCUGUUGGUGGUCGAAGGUCACACCAAUGAUGUCAUUAAGGACUUUUUAGAAAAAAGUAUCAAUACUGCCAAUACGAACAACAUUUCACACGAUGCGCUUGGCUUAGUAGUCGAUGGUGAACGUUUAAUUCACAUUUUAGAGGAUCCAAUUCUCAAAAAUUUAUUCCUCUUACUUUCUAUCAAAUGUAAGAGUGUCAUUUGUUGCAGAGUUUCGCCAAAGCAAAAAUCAGAUGUUGUUCUGUUAAUUAAGCAAAACGUCUCUGGUAAUACUUUGGCCAUUGGAGAUGGAGCCAACGACGUGGCCAUGAUUCAAAGUGCUCAUGUUGGCAUUGGUAUCAGUGGAGUUGAAGGUCUCCAAGCAGUGAAUGCUUCAGAUUAUGCAAUUGGCCAAUUUAGAUUCUUGAAACGAUUACUACUUGUACAUGGAAGAUGGUCUUACAGAAGAGUCUCCAAAUUAGUUCUCUAUUGUUUCUACAAGAAUACUGUCUUCUUUUUGACACAAUUGUGGUUUAUUUUCAUUAAUGGUUUCAGCGGAACGACAUUACAUGACAAAUGGACGAUAGCACUUUACAAUUUAGUCUUUUCAGGAAUUCCAAUUAUUACUCUUGCAGUCAUUGACAGAGAUGUACCUGCAUCAGCUGCCGAAAAAUUCCCAGAAUUAUAUUUCCAAGGUCAAAAGAACCGAUUUUUCAAUCCAAGAGUCUUUAUUUACUGGGUCAUCAAUUCCAUUUUCCAAUCAGUGGUUUGCUUCUUUGUUCCAUACUUUGCCUUGGUAGGAACCACAUUCCUUGACGGUCAAGAAAUUGACACUCAAACGAUUGGUAUUGCGGUUUAUUCUUGUGUUUUGUCUGUAAUUACAUUGAAACUCUGUAUUGAAACUUCCUCUUGGACGUGGCUUACAGUUCUCAUGUAUGCUGGAACUCUUGCUCUUUGGCCAGCAUUCAUCUUUGUUUACGGUUCUAUUUAUUACAUUUAUCCACAACCAGUUCCUAUUGUUAAGGAGUUUUAUGACAUUAUUCAACGAUUUAGAAUUUUAUUUGCACCUCAAUUUUGGCUUGUUUUACUUGCUGUGACAUUUAUUUGUUGCAUUCGUGACAUUUUCUGGAAAUUGUGGCUUCGAGCUCAAUCACGAAAACUCUAUUAUGACAUUCAAAAACAUCACAAGAAGAAGUCACGUGAAGAUAUUAUGGAAUUCUUCCCAUUUGAAGAAGGCCUUCCUGUUAAAUUGAAGAAGAAGAAAAAAUUCAACCGAAUCGAAUUGCAAGAAAUUAAGAAAAUUUUCACAUCCAUUGCCAAAGUGGACUAUCGUGGUUUUGCAUUUUCACAAACAGAGAAUCAACAAGAUCUAAUCAAACAAUAUUACAGUGGGGAUAAUAAUACUACUACCUCGACUCAACAACAGGGAACGAGUGUCUCUCUAACAUCUAAUCAACAGCCAACCCUCAUGAACCCUUUGAAAUGA